AUUGGGAGGAGAAGGCAAAAAGGCGCACAAAAAGAUGAAUUCAUUGAUUGACCACCGAAAGACAUCGAGAACUCCGAAACAGCCUGAAAGUGAAGAUAUUAAAGAAUUAUAGACCAUUCUGAAAUUUUAUAAUUCAGUGGUUAUCCAUUUCUCCAAAGAUUGUGGCUUUGGAGAUUUAACACUUUUGGAGUAAACCCAACUUAAAAUCAAUCGUGGGUGUUUGAAUACAAAAGAGUCCGAGAAUUGGAAGAUGUCUGGAGUGCAAGAUCAGCUAGAGAUCAAGUUUCGCUUGACUGAUGGAUCUGACAUUGGACCUAAAAGCUUUCCUGCUGCUACAAGUGUUGCAACCUUGAAGGAAAGCAUCCUAGCUCAAUGGCCAAAAGAGAAGGUGAGUGGUCCAAUGACAGUGAAAGAUGUCAAGUUAAUAAGUGCAGGAAAGAUACUGGAGAACAACCGAACAGUGGGAGAGUGCAGAAGCCCCUUAUGUGAUAUACCUGGGGGAGUUACAACCAUGCACGUCGUUGUUCAACCACCAGCUUUGGAAAAAGAAAAGAAAGCGUUGAAUGACCAAGAGCAGAACAAGUGUGUUUGUGUUAUAUUAUAA